GCUCAACCUAACCUCAAGGAUUUCAAUUUGUUCUUGCAGAUGGGUCAUGAAGAUGGGGGUGGAAAGGGCUGGAGAGCUGGCUACAAGAAGCUAACCAGCAGUGAUGGGAAAAUGGCAAGGCCUAGAAGACCUUGGCUGAGAAAAGUGAAUGGAAAGUUUACUGGAUUUCGACUUGCUCGGUCCAGAAAACUAAACUGGAAGGCUGUUUCUUUAGUUUCAUUACCAAGAGUGAAGAUUGCUGAGAUGUAUGCUAAUGCUUUAAACAGAAUGAAGAUGGAUGAUAUCUGCCCUGCAAUCAUCUUCUCUGGUCAAUGGGGGCUCCCAGUUUUGUCUCAUUCCAACACUGCUAAAUGCAGAAGCACUGCCAAUGUAUCUCUUCAUAGAAACCCUAGCUUGCUAUAACUGACUCUGUUUCUGAUAUAGUCUAUGACAAACACUUUCUAUUUGCCCUUCUCUUGAGCUGUUUUGUAUUCAUCCUCAAA